AUGCCUAAGAACUACCAGCAAGCUCUUGCAUCUGUUUUUGCCAUUGAGGAGAUCAAUAAGAAUGCCAAGUUGUUACCCAACAUCACAUUGGGAUCCAAGAUCUUUGACAAUAAUUUUAAUCCAAUAAUGACCUAUUGGAACACUCUCAACCUAGUUUACAUGGGACAAUGGAGUCUCCCAAAUUACAACUGUGUCAGGAAGAAGAAGUUCAUGGCUGCCAUUGGGGCACUCACCGCACAAAACUCCAUCCAGAUGGCCAACAUCUUAAAUACCUACAAGACACCACAGCUCAGUUAUGGCUCUUUUGAUGCUGCGUUGAGUGAUAAAAUUCAAUACCCUUCUUUCUUCCGGACGGUUCCAAAUGAAAAUGCCCAAUAUGUUGGCAUUGUUCAGCUACUUAAGCAUUUUGGAUGGAAUUGGAUUGGCCUCCUCUUAUCAGAUGAUGACAGUGGAGAAACAUUUCUUCAAACUCUAAAACUGAGAUUCUCCCAGAAUGAUAUUUGUAUUGCUUUUACACAAUCAUUUCCAGCAGAGACAUCUCACGGUUCAAAUGAUACUGUAAAGAAUGCCCUGGGAUGGAUUGCUUAUACUCUCGAGUUGUACCACAAAAUCAAUGUUAUUCUUGUCUAUGGGGAUCAUCAGUAUAUGGAGGGUCUACGAAUAAUUCUCGAAUUCUAUGAAUUUGUUUACAUGCAGCCAAUGGAGAGGGUUUGGAUCAUAACUGCUCAGUGGGAUUACACAGCAGUCUUUUCAUGGAAUAAAUUCACAGCAAAAUCCCUCAAUGGCACCUUGUCCUUCACACCCCAUAAAAAUGUGGUUCCAGGAUUUCCAGAUUUCCUUGAGAGCAUUAAUCCAUAUGAGUCUCAGAUUUAUCUCAUUGGUAGUUUCUGGUACAAUGUAUUCCAUUGUUCGCUUCCAAUGGAUCAGUUGUAUUUUCCAGGUGCAAAACAUUGCUCUGGGGAAGAAAGGUUGGGGAGUCUUCCUCAAUCUCUGUUUGAAAUGGAAAUGUCUGGCCAGAGCUAUAGUAUCUACAAUGCUGUUUAUGCUGCAGCACAUGCUCUCCAUGCCAUCGAUUCAUUGAGAUCCAAACAGAUAGCAAAGACGAAUGGAGAGAGACAAAAUCUCUUGAAAGUUCAGCCAUGGCAGCUUCACUCUUUUCUGAGAAACAUCUGCUUCAACAAUAGUGCUGAUGAAGAAAUAUCUUUUGAUGAGAAUCUGGAGUUGGCAUCUGGAUAUGACAUCAUCAACUUGGUCACAUUCCCCAAUCAAUCCUUCCAGAGAGUCCAAAUUGGAAGGAUAGACGUUCAGGCUCCAGGAGGAAAAGAGUUCACUAUUAAUGAAAGUGCCAUUCAGUGGAGUCACAAGUUUAACCAGACACUACCUCGUGCCAAAUGUGUCAAGAGCUGCUCCCCAGGACACAGAAAGAUUGCUCAGGAGGGGAAGCCAGCUUGUUGCUAUGAUUGUGCUCCAUGUUCUGAGGGGACGAUUUCGGUCCAGAUUGAUGCUGACCACUGUGAGAAGUGCCCAGAAGAACGGUAUCCAAAUAAGCAACAGGAUCAGUGCCUCCCCAAACAAAUUAUUUUCUUAUCUUACGGAGAACACUUGGGAACAGCUUUGGCUCUUUGUGCCCUUUUCUUUGUGUUGAUCACAGUUUGGGUGAUGGGGAGCUUCAUUCUGCACUGGAACACUCCCAUUGUCAAAGCCAACAACUGGAGCAUCACCUGCACCCUGCUAGUCUCUCUGCUUCUUGGUUUUCUAUGCUCCUUCCUGUUCAUUGGCCGACCUGGGAAGCUGUCCUGCAUUUUACGACAAACCAUGUUUGGUAUCAUCUUCACUGUUGCAGUGUCUUCUGUGUUGGGUAAAACGGUCACUGUGGUUGUGGCCUUCAUGGCCACCAAGCCAGGAAACAGGAUGAGGAAAUGGGUGGGGAAGAGGAUGGCAGUAUCCAUUAUCAUGCUCUGUUCUCUUAUUCAAAUUGGCAUCUGUGCUGUGUGGCUGGGGACCUCUCCUCCAUUCCCAGAGCUUGACAUGCACUCCCAAAUUAGUGAGAUGACUGUGCAAUGCAAUGAAGGCUCAGAGAUUAUGUUUUAUACAGUCCUGGGUUACAUGGGGCUCCUGGCCAUCAUCAGCUUCACUGUGGCCUUCCUUGCCAGAAAGCUGCCUGACACUUUUAAUGAGGCCAAGUUGAUCACCUUCAGUAUGUUGGUCUUUUGCAGUGUUUGGAUGUCUUUUGUCCCAACUUACCUGAGCACCAAAGGAAAAUUCAUGGUGGCUGUGGAGGUCUUCUCCAUCUUGGCCUCCAGUGCUGGAUUGCUGGGUUUUAUUUUUCUCCCCAAGUGCUAUAUUAUUUUACUGAGGCCUCAUCUGAACACCAAAGAGCAGCUAGUAAGGAAAAAAUAA